AUGAAGGCAAAAGUUCCAAGAAACUUUAAAAGCCCCGACAUGGACUUCUAUGAUGGAACCACAGAUCCAAAGCAUCAUUUAAGCAACUUUAAAAGUCGGAUGUAUCUGGCUGAUGCUUCUGAUGCAACACGCUGCAAAGCUUUCCCGACCACCUUAUUGAAAGCAGCAAUGAAGUGGUUCGAUAGCCUACCUCCAAGGUCGGUCACUAGCUUUGAAGACCUCUUGAGAAAAUUCCUAAUGCGGUUCUCCAUUCAGAAAGACAAGAUUCAAGACCUGCCCACCGAGGCAGUCAUUAUGGGGCUGGUAAAUGGGCUUAGAGAAGGACCCUUCUCACAGUCCAUAUCAAAAAGACACCCCGCCUCCUUGAGUGAUGUACAAGAAAGAGCUGAGAAGUACAUCAACAUGGAGAAAAACGCCAGACUAAAAGAGUCAAGCUGGCGACCUGGGCACCUCCCCUCGAUAAAAGACAGGGAGAAGGAGCCAAAGAAGAAAGAAGACCUCGGUCUCGACAGACCCAGGAAAUAUCACUCUUAUACUCCUCUAAAGGUUUUCAUAGUGGACGUAUACAGAGAAAUUUGCAAUACCGAAAGGCUGCCGCCUCCCAGACCCAUCAAGAAUAAAAAAGGGGGAGCCGCAGCGACUACUGCGAGUACCAUAAAAUAUAUGGUUACUCAACAAAUGACUGUUACGAACUCAAGAAUGUGA